AUGUUAUCAACUGUUUCCAGUGUUCUGGAAUCAGAAGAUCCAACAAAAUUUGGUUUACAGGAUUAUGUUAACAAUGCUACGAACUAUGAGAUAGAAAAAAAAGGCGGACUCAACAAAUUACAUUCAACUUACAGCUUAGAACUCGCAAAAAACGUAGUUGGUAAUCAAAAUUCAGUUCUUGACAAAUUACAACCAAGUAUCAAAAUCGAUGACUCCAAUAUUUAUUGGAAUAAAGCAUAUAGAAUUGUAAUCGCCCUUUUAAGAAGACAUGAGAUGGAAGAUACACUACAUGCAAUGAGAUUAGAGUAUCCUAACCUCCCUAAGAGGACUGGAUUCUCAAAAACUUCAGAUCUUAAUCGUGAAUUUAACCAACUCUUUGAUUACAACGACGAAGUUACUUGCAAGCUCACACUUGCAGAUAAAGUCCGAGAACUUGCAAAAGAAGUAAAUUUACCACAUGAUAAUGAUGACGACGAUCACUGGGAAGAAAUUCAACUUUCAACUGUAGCAAACGAUCAAGAACUAACACUUGCAUCAACGACAAUCGAAAAUACACUUGAUGAAAACAUACACGAAGCUCAACAAAAGCUAAUAGACGAGAAAACUCCAAAAUCUCCACGUCGAAAAGAAAUAAAAGUCAAAAAGGAAGUCGAACCGGAAAAAAUCAGAAUUCGCGUUAGAAAACAUGACGAAAAUGGUGAAACUUACGUUCAUAAACAUCAUCAUCGUCCAAAACCAAAAUAUUUAUCUACAAAUAUCACGAAAACAGUCGAAAGAAAGCUCAGUCCAGGUGGUACUCCACGAAUUGUUGUUAAACGCCGCAUUGUUAAAGUUGUUCCUCAUUUCAUUCAACAUCAUCACCAAGAGGAAGAGGAAAAGAAGCAAGAAAAGCUUCCAAAACCAAAUACAGACAUAGAAAUUGAACCAUUAGAUCUCGAUGACUUCGAAGAUAACUUCGAUGAACCGAAAACUCCAGAUAAAUCUGUCAUUGAAAAAUUCAAUAAUUCGAACGAUAACCUGAAAAGUGACAGCUCUGAGGGAAGUGAUGAAAAUGUAGCGAUGACUUUACCUGGGCCCGAAAGUCCCAGUACCAUAGAUAAACUACAGAUGUUCAUAGAUGGAAUGGAUAAGAAAAAGAGCUCAUAUACCCUUGAUGAAAGUUCAAUUUUCCGUCAUCGUCUGUCAAAGAACCACACAAUGGACGGAAUACCAGCCAAAAAGUAUACAGCGAGCAAAAGGUACAAGGAUGGAUCGCUAAUGAAGAAGAGAAUUAAUGAUCCUUUGUUGAGAUUGCCAAAGAAUCAUAGUAUCGAUGAUUCUGGAGUCGGAUAUCAUAGAAGUAUGAAUUCUGGAGAUGGCUCGGCAAGAAGAAAAUCAAAUAGAUUGACAGGAACAUAUUCUUCAUCUGAUUAUAGUAUUUCUAAUUUUUAA